UGCUCUGGUGACCGGUUGGCUCGCCUCUGCCGACACAUCCUCACCUCCGGCUCCUUCUAUCCGGUGCAUCCUCCGGCCGAGGGUCUGCCCCUGGACUAUCCCCUCUGGCAGGAACACGCCAUCUUCGCCUCCUCACCUCAUUGCCUGAUCCUGCCCUCUCGUCUACGUCCAGUUAUCAAGGUAACCUCCUUUCUGUGCGGGUCUAGCAUUCUGACAUGUGAUGUCCGUCAACAGGGACCUCUUGGCUGGGAUUUGUGCGUGAAUCCGGGCUUCGUCUCUCGCACGGCGGGAAACGGAAGCUACGCUCGUUUGGUGCUUUCUCACGGCUCCUCCGCUGAGGAGAACUCUAACCUGGAUGCCACGGGCGAUGUCCCAUCGGCUAUGGAGUCUCAGGCAGACUCAACGAUCUCUGCAAGCCAACAGCAGCAGCAACAACAACCAAUCAGUGCGGAAGGCGAAGUUGUCCAACUCUAA